UACGUGGUUGUGGUUUAUUUUGUUUUUCCGUUCUUCUUACCAAGCUCGAGUUUUGCUCCUAGCAAUACACAUAGAAGAAAAUAAUUUGUAAUUAAAUUGAACAGUUUUGUUAACCGCCAAGAACUUAGCCUAAUAAAUUCAAGAUUUGCAUAAUCCGUGACACUGGUCACCCCAGGAUUAAAGGAUUACCCGAAAUAGUAAACAUCACCUGAUCAGACUCUGAAGCUUAAUUUGAAAAUAUUUACCGAGUGAGAUUGUACACUGAAGUUGUCAUGUCUUCUCUGUUGAAAAUAUCUACAGUGCAACGGAUCGUUGCCACAACCAAUCGCUUCUAUUCCGAUGCCGCUAAAUAUCCGAAAAUUACAACACAUUACACGGUUCAUCCAAGGGAAUCGGAUCCACGAUGGAAAGAUGUGGACAUGGAACGUUUCGCAGAUGAAGCUGACAUUUUGAUUAUUGGUGGUGGACCUGCUGGAAUGUCUGCGGCAAUAAGAGCCAAACAAUUAGCUGACGAACAGGGAAAGGAACUGAGAGUGUGUGUUGUCGAGAAGGCUGCGGAAGUGGGUGGUCACAUAUUAUCUGGUGCUGUUAUCGAUCCAAGAGCUCUAAAUGAAUUAAUACCGGAUUGGAAGGAGAAAGACGCACCACUAAAGACGCCAGUUGUUCACGACACAUUUUCGUUUCUUACCUCGACUGGUCGAUGGCCCAUACCAAUAUUUCCGGGCUCACCAAUGGAUAAUAGAGGAAAUUACGUUGUUCGACUGGGCCAUGUUGUCCGAUGGCUCGGUGAACAAGCCGAAGCUAUGGGCGUUGAAAUCUAUCCUGGUACAGCGGCAUCCGAGAUUUUGUAUCACGAAGAUGGCAGUGUGAAGGGUAUUGCAACGAAUGAUCUUGGUAUCGCCAAAGAUGGUUCACCGAAAGACACGUUCGCAAGAGGUAUGGAACUGCACGCAAAAAGCGUAAUAUUUGCGGAAGGUUGUCGGGGCCAUUUGACCAAACAAUUAAUGGCAAAAUUCGAUCUGAACGCUUCCAACGAACCUCAAUCUUACGGCAUUGGAUUGAAGGAAGUCUGGGAAAUCGAUGCCAGCAAGCACAAGCCUGGUUUGGUCGAGCAUUCGAUUGGCUGGCCAAUGGAUAAAAAUACGUACGGCGGAUCCUUCCUAUAUCACUUGAACGAAGAUACUCCCAUUGUUGCAGUCGGUUACGUUAUUGGCCUGGACUAUAGCAAUCCAUGGAUCAGCCCUUUCCAAGAGUUUCAACGAUUCAAAAAUCAUCCAAAAAUUCGUCCAAUCUUCGAGGGUGGCACCAGAAUCGCUUAUGGAGCUCGAGCAAUUAAUGAGGGCGGAUUCCAGAGCAUCCCGAAAUUAACAUUCCCUGGUGGAUGUUUAGUUGGCUGCGCUGCCGGUUUUCUAAAUGUACCAAAAAUUAAGGGAACACAUUACGCGAUGAAAAGUGGUAUGCUUGCAGCUGAAAGUGCUUGCACUGAAAUAUUUUCCGAAUCUAAGCAAGAGACUGUUGGACUCGAACCGAAAUCAUAUCCAGAUAAAAUCAAAUCGUCGUUCAUUUGGAAGGAUCUGCACAAGGUCCGCAACUUUCGACCAGCAUUUCACACAUCCCUUGGCCUGUACGGUGGCCUUGUCGGUAGUGGCUUCUCCAUGUUCUUGGGCGGUCGAGAACCUUGGACUUUAUCACACGGUGGCGCAGACCAUAUGAAGCUAAAGCCAGCGAACGAAUGCAAACCGAUCGAUUACCCGAAGCCUGACAACAAGGUCACAUUUGAUCUGUUGUCGUCAGUUGCCUUGACCGGUACGAAUCAUGAAGGUGAUCAACCGGCGCAUUUAACUCUCAAAGAUGAUUCGGUUCCUGUUGCAACGAAUUUGGCUAUUUAUGCAGGACCAGAAGCCAGAUUCUGUCCGGCGGGAGUUUACGAAUUUGUAGCUAACGAUGAGGGUGGCAACCAAAGACUGCAGAUAAACGCUCAAAAUUGCAUACAUUGCAAAACGUGCGACAUUAAGGAUGUUACUCAAAAUAUUAACUGGGUCGUUCCAGAAGGAGGCGGCGGACCCGCAUACAACGGCAUGUAAAACGAAUUUUGUUUCUUAAAAAAUUAAUUAUUUUUUGCACUGGUUGUCACUUUACGAGAAUAUACAAGAAAUUUACAGAAAAAAA